UGUUUACUUUUUUCGCGAAAAUAUAUAACUCUGUGAGGGGGGUAACCCUAAACAUCACCACCUUUGCUUUCAGUUAAUUCUCUUUCUACUUCUCUAUCCACCGUCACUCCCUCUGUCCUCUCACUAGCAGUCGCCUUCUGUACUUCAUCGUCCAUUCACCAUUGCUGCUGUACAUCCGUUUGAGGGUGGCGGAGCUUUUCAGUGUGUAUUUUGUGCUUGAGCCGCCAUGGGUUUUGAUAUCGAGUGCAUAAUUGAUAUUCAUUCCUAUCCAGGGGAAUACUUUUGCCCUGUUUGUCGCACACUUGUUUAUCCUAAUGAAGCAUUUCAGGCACAGUGUACACAUCUAUACUGCAAACCGUGCUUAGUUCACAUUGCAAAUGGUAGCAAGGCCUGCCCGUAUGAUGGAUACCUGGUGACAGAAUCUGAUUCUAAGCCACUAGCAGAGUCUGAUAAAGCUCUAGCAGAAAAGGUUGGGAAAGUUAAGGUACACUGUCUCUACUUCCGGAGUGGAUGCACAUGGGAGGGUACUUUAUCUGAUUGCCCGUCCCAUUGUGCUGGGUGCUCCUUUGGAAAUUCUCCCGUCAUAUGCAACAGGUGUGGGAUCCAGAUUAUCCAUCGCCAAGUACAUGAUCAUGCUCAGAUUUGCCCGGGCGGUUAUGAUGGGCAACAGGCUGUAGCCAGUGCAUCAGGCGUUACCAGAUCUGCCACAACUUCGACUGCAGUUACUGCAGUGGCGAACCAGACUGUUGCUACAUCAGGAGCACCUGUUCCUCAGGCCCAGAAUCCUCAAAAUGUUUCUGCGAGUCAGUUGCCCGGGCAAAAUGCUAAUCUGCAGGCAAAUGCCAACACUCAAGCCCCAGCUUUUGCUUCUGCUGCUAUGCCAGCACCCGAUCAGUGGUAUCAACAACAAUAUCAGCAAUAUUAUCAGCAAUACGCAGGAUAUGAUCCUUACCAGCAGCAACAGUAUUACCCUCCUCAGCAACAGCAAUUUCAACAGUACCAGCAACCUGCAGUGCAAGUGCAGGGUCAACACCAGUCUCAUGUCUACUCCCAGGCUGUAAUGCCACCCCAGCCCCAAGGCCAAGCCCAGGUGCAGCCACAACCACAUCUGCAACAGCUUCAGCCACCGCAACAGACCAAUCCUGUCUCUCAAGCGGCUCAACAGUCUCAUCUGCAACCGCAGGUUCAAGGGCAGGCUCAACCACCGCCGCAGCCUCAACUCCAAAUGCCGCCGCCUCAAACUCAGGCACAACUUGCACCUCAAGGGCAAGCCCAGGCUAAUGCACCUGGUCAAGCUUUAGCUCCAAACUAUCAGGUUAACCCACAGCAACAACCUCAUCCUGCAAUGCGUCCUCAGACUCAGAUUCCUCCGCAGGCUCUACCACCACCUCCUCCUCAAGUUCACCCUUCUCAACCACCUCAGUUUCCCCAGGCAGUAGGACUGCGACCUCCUGCACAGCAUCCACAGGCGCCACAAUACCAGCAAGGUCAAGGGCAGAUGCAUCAUACUCAAGGUUCCCAAGCUCAUCUACAACCCCAAAUGCAUCCUCAAACUCAAGGCUAUGUCCAAUCAUCAAGCCAGUCAAAUGUUCAGAGUCAAUCCCAGGCACAACAUUAUCAGUCACAACCUCAACAUCCUGUUUUCCAUUCUCAAACAAACCAGCCUGCAGCUCCUGCCGCCCCUCCCCAGGCUCCACAUCCACCACAUCCUCCAGUAAGUGGCCAUCAUUCAUAUCAACAACCUCAGACAACACAGAAAAUGCAGCCAGGAGCUCCACAGCAGAAUGCAGUGCUUCCACAUCCGGCAAGUGGGUCUAUGCAUCCAGUUCAAGUAUAUGCUCAAACCCUACAGCAACCUACACCUAUAAGACCGCCCCAAUCUCACGGUUCAUUUUCCCAACAACUGCCAUCUGCACCGUUGCCACUGCAAAAUCAGGUAGCUGGCAUUCCUCACGCACCACACCAGCAGUUUCUACCUCAUGGGCAACAACCUGCCCAUCUAAUUCAGCAUCGUCCAGUCAUGCAGCUAGUUCAACAAGUUCCUCAUAAUUAUGCUCACCAUCAGCAGUUUUCUGCUCCGUUUCAAGGUCAGUUUCACCAACAUGGACAUCUCCCUCAGCAGCCACCUAUGCAAUCUCAGAUGCAGAUGCGUCCACCUGGUCCCCCUCAACCACAACAAUCCCAAAACUAUCCUGGGAUUUCUUUAAUGCCAAAUCAGGGGAUACCUCCUCAAAGCCACCCGUUGUCAUCUGGUGCUUCUGGUCAUUCUGGACCUGCCCAUGGAGAUUCAACUCAGGCCUCUAUUAAUCAAAAUCAAAAUUAUGCAAAGCCUGCUGCACUUGAGCAGAAUGCAACAGUUAAAGAAAUUAGAUCUCCUAAAAAGGAAAUGGCAGAAGAAGGAUUUGAAGGUGACUCCCUGAAAGAGGAAGCGGGUAUCGGACUUAAUGGAACACUUGUUAAGGAUGCUGAUAAUUCUGCAAAGGAUGGUUCGAUGAAGUCUGUCAUCAAGCAGGAAAAGAGUGAUUUCAUGGGUUCCACAGAGCAUGCAAAUGAGGGAAAACACAUUGAAGCUGGAGGGGUGGAAAAUGAAAACCACGAAGAAGACGUCCGGACAUUAUCAGAUUCUGUUCCACUGAAGCAAGCAGACCCUGAAAAUCUGAUGAAGCUGUCAAAAACUGCUGGUCCUUCAUCUGGAAAUUUCGGUAAUGAAAAUUUCUCAGGUAUCUCUGUAUCUGGUGCAGAAGGGCAUGUAUUACCCCCCGCGGUCUCAUGGUUCCCACCAAGAAAGGUCUCAAGCACAGUUGCAGGGGCAGGCUUCAUCAACAUUAGGGGCACAAGGCCCAGGAACUUUGCCUCAUGCUGGACAAUCAAUUAACUUGACUGAAGGGAAGGUGCCUAGUAAUAUGGGUGGUCUCCCUAAGAGUUUUGAAUCUCUAUCUGGCAAGCAAGGACUUUCCCUAAAUACUCUUGGUGAGGCACGUGAGACUAUGGGAAAACCUCCCUUUGAAAGUCAG